AUGCCGGGGCAGGACAUUGCCAUGGACGAGUUGUUGUGGAAGUUCCAUGGCGGCUUGGCUUCAAGACCUACAACUCAACCAGAGGGCGAGGUUUUGGGUGUACCCCAGCUGAACAGGAAGUUCAUGCCCAAGGACCUCGUAAUGAGGAGGAAGGAUGAUGGUGAUUACUGCAGCAGUAAGACGGGCAUGCUGGCCUUGGUGUGGAAGGACCGCAGCAAUGUCACCAUGCUGUCUACAGUCCAUACCGCUGCAAUGGAUGGGGACAAACCGUUGGUAGUAAAAGACUACAAUGUCAGCAUGAAAGGUGUUAAGAUGGCCAGUUAUUACCCAAUGACUCGCCGCUCCAAGGUCUGGUACUGGAAGGUCUUCUUUUUCCUCUACGACAUGGCCAUUGUCAAUGCCUGGGCCGUCCAUCGUGCACUGGGAUCGGAGGAAUCACAGAGGGCCUUCCGAGUUGGCCUUGCCUCUCUCAGCUCUUUGGGGCAGUUCAGAGGAGGGCCGAUUCUAUGA